AAAAGCACACAAGACUGUUCAGGCUGCUACUAUAGGAAGUCCCUGUACUUGUUCAAUUAAAUGCUUCACAAAACUGCUUGCAGAGGAAGAAAACAUUUUUCAUUCAUUUUGGGACAUAAGAAACUUUAAUGCCCCGAAUGCUUACCUGAUGAGCUGUAUGAAAAUGGAACCGAAAAAGCGGAGCUAUCCAAAAAAGACUUCCAAGAAAAUAUCAUCCAGGGAUGUUACAUUUUCUUAUAAUGUGAGGGUAUGCGGAAUAGAAGUCAUGAUCUGCAAGGAAGCUUUCCUAAGGGUUCAUGGCUUACAGAUACAUUCACGAAGAGUGAGGAAUUUGCAACAUCAAAUGAAGCAGGGAUUUGCAGUGCCGAAAGAAGAUGGAAGAGGAAAACAUGGAAACUACCCAUAUAAAUUUCAAGACAAAGCUGUACAAAGUGUUACAGAAUUUCUCAACGCCAUACCGAAAUAUGUGUCAUUACAGUAGGCAACAGAACCC